AUGUCUCGAAACCCAUCGCUUGGACUGGAAAACACGCUUUUCCAGCUUAAAUUUACCUCGAAACAGCUGAACAAGCAAGCUCAAAAGGCUGCGAAAGAAGAGAAACAAGAGACCAACAAAGUGAAGAAGGCUUUGAAUGAAAGCGAAGAAGUUGCCAGAUUGUAUGCAUCGAAUGCAAUUCGAAAGAAAAAUGAGCGGUUACAACUCUUGAAACUGGCUUCGAGAGUUGACUCAGUGGCGUCGAGAGUCCAAACGGCCGUGACAAUGAGACAAGUAUCGGGCAGCAUGGCUCAGGUUUGCAGGGGUAUGGACAAAGCUUUGCAAUCGAUGAACCUGCAGCAAAUCACGAUGAUCAUGGACAAGUUUGAACAGCAGUUCGAAGACUUGGACGCUAGUGUCAACGUGUACGAAGACAUGGGAGCCAACGCUGAUGCCGUGGUUGUCGACCAUGACAAGGUGGAUGAGCUCAUUGGUAAGGUAGCUGACGAGAAUGGCUUGGAACUCAAACAGUCGGCUGCGCUCAAAGACUUGCCUGAAGUUGAGUCCACUCCAGGAGAGAUUUCAGACGAAAGAGAAGACAAGCUUGCCCAGAGAUUGCGCGCUCUGCGCGGUUGA